AUGACCUGUUUUGAACCGGAAUCGGUGGGCAAUUUGAUUGAAGGAUUGGAUUUCCAUAAAUUUUAUUUUGAAGGCGUUACCAAUCGUGUGCCGAAGAUUCAUACUACUAUGUUGAAUCCAAGCGUUCAUAUAUUAGGUGAUGAUGGGGCUUGCAUUGCGUACAUCCGUUUAACACAGUAUAUUGACAGGAAUGGUGAGGCUCGAUCUCGACGGUCAGAAGAAACUCGAGUUUGGCAAAAGCAGAAUGGACGCGGUUGGGUGUGUGUUCAUGUUCAUCGAACUGGUGCUCCGUCUUUUGUGAAUACAGCUAGUCUUGAUUGA